UUAUGGUGCUUUCCGUUGCUCAUUUCUGUCCGCUUCAGUUUUACUUGUUUUGCUUUUGCAUUUUCAUUGGCUGAAAAUAGUAUGUUGUUUCCACUCAGAGUUAGAUCAGAUAUUAUCCAGCUUUGGGAUUUUUUUUCCAUAAAUAUCUAAGACUAUGCUGAAAAGAGACCAAAAUAAAGAUAAAGUAAGGAUUCGAUGUUGUACAGGUGUUUACAAAACUUAGAAGUUUUGGGUGUUAUAAGUGAUUGGAUUGAUUUUGAGAAAAGUUUAAAUCUGAGCAUUCAAGCGGUGACUUAGAAGUUUUGGGUGUUAUAUGACACAGAAGAAUGAACAACCAGGGAUUCAUUCGCAACAUACCAACCUGUUGAUAGAGGAUCCCACAUCGUCAGAAUCAUCAUGGACCAAUGAAAAACACAGCUUCUAUAUUAACUCCAUGGAGGAAGCCUUUGUCUCAAGCCUCUAUCAGCAUGGCAGUCAUACAUAUCCCUGUACAAGAUGGCAAGCAGAUAGAGGAGAAAUAACCUCUGUAUUUAGCCUGGAUUUUGACGAGGAAGUUGAGUCCGGUUUUUCUAAUGGUCAUGUGCUGAUUGGGUUUGCUGAGGAGAGCCAAAGUGAAGGUGAACCAGAAAAGCCUAGCCUCUAUCAUGAUGUUCAAAACAACUCAAAAAAGUGUGGAUUGGAGGAGAUGUGCAGCAGUAAUGACACAUUUCAGGAACAUGAUAGGAAUGAUGAAUGCCCAUCAUGCUCACAUGAAUGCCUGACAGGGAGAAGGAACAAGAGGAAGUUACAACAUCCAAAAAGGGAAAUAACAGAUGUGUUCGAAGAAGUGCAGUCUAAAUAUAAUGAUGAACAUGCAAGAAAUUUCUAUGCAGGGCGAAAUCGGUUGACAGAAGAUACAACUGUUUCAGAAACUUCAGUAAAAACCUUGAGUGACAACCAGGAGGAUCAGGUGAUUCCAUUCAUGGAUGAAACAUCUCCCAAGGAAGAUGGCAAGACAUGAUAAGACUAUUUAGUCUGCGGGUUGGAAGGCCGACAAAAAUAUCUCCAAGUUUUAUGUUAGGGAUCCUAAUCGUUGUAAUAGUUGAUAAGGUUUCAUUGAUCCGAUAU